CCGAAGCAUCAUCACUCUCUGGAAAGCCUUCUGAAUUAGACAAGAGCUGCCUCUCAGCACAGCUACAAAACACUUUAAACCUGACCAGCUAAAUGGAGAAACCUAUCCUGCGUAGCUUUUAAACUGGGGGUCUUGCACAGCGCAGGAGGCCUGCCUGCUUCAGGAGCUGGGGAGCUGGAGGAUGGAUUGCUGUGCCUGGGAAUGGCAAAAGGCAGCAGAAUGAGAGAUGCUAGGUACCGGGAAAGAUUUUUUUAUUUCUCCCAGAGAAGUUGGGUUACCUUCAUUGUCUGCUCUAGCUUUUACUUGCAGAUUGCCACUUAAUGCUGAUGGUUCUCUGAUGACUUACACAAUGGCUCUCAGAGCUUAGAGUCCCUCCCUACCCCCCCCCCCCCACACUCCCCCCCAUCCUCCGUCCUGUCUUCCCCACCCCCAACCCCUUCCCUAUCCUUUCCCUUCCUCAUCCCCAAAAUUCUUGCUUGUCCUCUCUAGGGAACUUUGUGUGGGUUACUGGCAUGCACACUGGAUGGCGGUGAUGUGAGUGGCAACCGUGCCGUGACAUGAAGAUUCUGAUGGUUUAAAGAAAAGAGACCAGUUUUAAAAAGAGAGAGAGAGGCAAAGGGAAAGCAAAAAAGGGAAGAGAGAGAAGAAAACAGCUGGAGAAAGGAGAAGGAGGACGUUUGUUGAUGACAAAAGGAUGGGUUUCCAUUUAAUUAAGCAGCUGAGAGGCAUGAGUGUGUUGUUAGUGCUACUUCCUAUGGUGCUGUUUGUUAUGCUUGCGGGGGCUCAGCGAGCUUGCCCCAAGAACUGCAGAUGCGAUGGCAAGAUUGUGUACUGCGAAUCCCAUGCAUUCAGAGACAUCCCUCAGAAUAUUUCUGGAGGGUCUCAAGGCUUAUCGUUACGGUACAACAGCAUUCAGAAGCUUAAAUCAAAUCAGUUUGCGGGCCUGAAUCAGCUCAUAUGGCUUUAUCUUGACCAUAAUUACAUCAGCUCCGUGGAUGAGGAUGCGUUUCAGGGGAUCCGCAGGCUGAAGGAAUUAAUUCUGAGCUCCAACAAAAUUACCCAUCUGCACAACAAAACGUUUCACCCAGUCCCCAACCUCCGCAAUCUGGACCUCUCUUACAACAAGUUGCAGGUGCUGCAGUCUGAGCAGUUCAAGGGCCUUCGUAAACUCUUGAUCUUGCAUUUGCGGUCUAACUCGCUGAAAACCGUGCCGAUCCGAGUUUUCCAAGACUGCCGAAACCUUGACUUCCUGGAUUUGGGCUACAACCGCCUGCGGAGCUUAUCCCGUAACGCUUUCGCUGGCCUUUUGAAGUUGACAGAGCUCCACUUGGAGCACAACCAGUUUUCUAAGAUCAAUUUUGCCCACUUUCCACGCCUCUUCAACCUCCGCUCGAUUUAUUUGCAGUGGAAUAGGAUCCGGUCUAUUAGCCAAGGUUUAACGUGGACUUGGAGUUCCUUGCACAACUUGGAUUUAUCAGGAAAUGACAUUACAGGGGUAGAGCCUGGAACCUUCCAGUGCCUCCCCAACCUGCAAAAGCUGAACCUGGAUUCCAACAAACUCACCAACAUCUCUCAGGAGACCAUCAAUACGUGGAUCUCGCUCAUCUCCAUCACUCUGUCCGGAAAUAUGUGGGAAUGUACUCGAAGCAUUUGCCCUCUGUUUACUUGGCUUAAGAAUUUCAAGGGAAAUAAAGAAAGCACUAUGAUAUGUGCAGGCCCUAAACACAUCCAGGGUGAGAAAGUGAGCGAUGCCGUGGAGACAUAUAAUAUCUGUGCUGAAAUCCAGGUGGUGGUUACUGAAAGAUCAUACCAGGCACCCAAAACCCCCCAGAGACCCAUCUUCAUUCCUAAGCCCACCGUUUCCAAACUUGAAAGCAAUCAGCCAACUUCUGUUAUGCCAAGCCCUUCCGCAGACCUCCCAACGCCUGGAGUGGAACCCGAGUACGAGCACGUUUCCUUUCACAAAAUUAUCGCUGGGAGCGUGGCCCUCUUUCUUUCCGUGGCCAUGAUUUUGUUGGUUAUCUACGUGUCGUGGAAGCGCUACCCAGCCAGCAUGAAACAGCUCCAGCAGCACACGCUCAUGAAGAGGCGCAGGAAAAAGGCCCGAGAGUCUGAAAGGCAAAUGAACUCCCCUUUACAGGAGUAUUACGUGGACUACAAGCCAACAAACUCUGAGACCAUGGAUGUAUCGGUUAAUGGAUCUGGGCCCUGCACGUAUACCAUCUCUGGCUCCAGGGAAUGUGAGGUUCCUCACCACAUGAAGACUUUACCCUAUUACAGUUACGACCAGCCGGUGAUCGGAUACUGCCAAGCUCAUAAGCCUCUCCAUGUAAAUAAGGGGUACGAUGCCAUGUCCCGGGAGCAGGCUGAGACGACCAACCUGGAACUCAGUCGAGACCACAGCUUCAUAGCUACAAUCGCACGUUCGGCUGCUCCAGCCAUUUACAUUGAGAGAAUACCAAACUAACGGUGGAGACGACUGCUUCAGGGGGCGGAGUGGGGAGCUCUUUUGAGGGACCUUUCAUCUCAGAAGAAUCCAGGGCAAGAAACUAAAAUCUACCAUUCCAGUUACAAAAUGUUCCAACACAGACAAAGGGAAGGGGAUAAAGCAAACUCCGCAGACUCUGGAAAUGCUCUCUUGCAGUACACACUGAGAACUUCGGGAUUUUCUUUGCUUUAAACUUUCCAACAAAUUCCUCAAUGUAAAUAUUAAAAGAGAGAUUGUCAAGUUCUUAUUAAAAAAAAAAAAAUAGAUUUCACUCUAGCUACAUAAAGGGAUGGAUUAAGA